ACUAUUGCGUUGUGCUAAAAAUAAUUUACAUUUUUAGGUUUUUAUUUGGAACUUGUGGUUGGUUAUUGGAUUGUCUCUAAAUGGAGAGAGGAACUUGAAGAUUUAUCCACCGCCUGUUUAAGUUUCGUGAAGUUUCUAAAUUUAAGGUAACCGUAUACUACUAUCUCGUAAACUUUAUUUCUGGAAUUUUUGGUGAGACGGUUAUAUUAUGUAUAUCUAAUUUUUUAAUCUUAAAACAGUUUCUACUCAAUUAUGAUUUAAUAAAAUACAAUUUUCGUCUACAAAAGAUUUUGUGUCUUUAAUCUACUAUAAUCACAACAUAUUAUUUGUAAUAUGCUAUCUAUAUAUUACCAGAUAACGAUACAUUUCCUAUGUUAACAUAUUAUUUGUAAUAUGCUAUCUAUAUAUACAAGAUAACGAUACAUUUCCUAUGUUAACAUAUUAUUUGUAAUAUGCUAUCUAUAUAUACAAGAUAACGAUACAUUUCCUAUGUUAAAUUCUUUAAUGUUGUAUUGUGUUUUGUAUUGUAUCAUUGAUUAAACAUUCAUUAUUAACGAUUUGAUUAUAUCUUGCAUUAUAUCGUAAUAUAAUGUCUCAUUUUCUAAUGCACUCUAUUGUGUUGCAUUAUUUAUGCUAUCGUAUUAUAUUCUAUUGUAUUCUAUUAUUAAAUCAAUGCUAAUCAAAUUUUACUUAAGCCUAUGGCAGUCUUUAGAAAGCGCCAAAUAGCGACCUGGCACACAAUCGCGUGAUUUCACUUCCGGUUUUUCCACCGCAAAAACGUUAUGAGUUAUAUAUAACUAAUAUAAGUAGUCUAACUUACCUGCUGCAGAAUAUAAAUGUAGCAGCCUAGCAGGCUUAUAAUGUAGUCACAUUGAAUACAACGUUGGAACGCAUAACUACUACGAACAGAAAUUAACAUGAAGGGUAAGUUUUCUCAAUAUAUAUUUUUAGUAUUUUUAGUUCAGUUUUAUGUAGAAGAAUGAAAACAGAACAGUGGGUUGACUGAUAAUCUUUUCGCGGGUAUAUUGUGGCGCUACUGAGAAAAAUCGGUCGUUUCUAAUGGGAUUCGAAAUUGUAAGCUUUAGGGUUCUACCGUUCUAAGCAUCAUCUAUCAAAAAAGGAUUGAUUGCAAGUUUUGUCCCAUUUAAGUGCGCGAAAUAUUUGUACUUGAACACUUGUUUCGGAUCGUAUCCAGUGUAUCAUUUCCUAUAAUCAUUCUCAGGCCAUACAAUACGAAGGAUAUAAUACAUAGAUUUUGUGAACGGAAUGUCCACGCUGAAUUACUGUAUAGUACUCAAAGAUUUUUAUUGUUUUUUCACUAUUGUUCACUGAAGGUUAUGGAAAACUGUGAUUUGUAUAUAUGAAACAAAUAAGACAGCGACGAUAAUAUUCCCCCAUGAUGCGCGAAAACAUUUUUCGACAUAGAUUUGUAGAUGUUUGAUGAUUUAUAUUCAGUUGAUUCAUGAUUGGAUCAGUGGACUUCAAAUUGUACUGAUUGAUUGGUUGAUUUUUAGUAAGGAAAUAUGUCUAAAUUACUCUCAAAUUGAUUUCUUAAACCUGUACGCCAGAUCAACAGGGUAUUAUCAACUUUGAAGUUGGUUCAUUAAACUUGAACCAAUAGAUCUGACACUGAAAAUGUAUACCAUUUCAAUUCUGUAUUAUAUUAGCUUAAUUUAAAAUAAAUUGAUAACAAUAUUCGUCUAUUCAAUUAGUAUUUACAAAGAUUUUCUAAGCGAUUAUUUUGAUUAAGUAAAUUAAUCAUUGGGGAUAUCCUUUUCAAUUGAUUAAAUAUUCAUGAGUACCUGUGUGAAUGACAUAUGCUGCUCCUAUAAUCUAUUGCUUAACAAGCUUUUUACACUUUUACUGUAUGACACAACUAAAUAUUAGAAUAUAUUUUGUUUAAUUCAACUGAUUACAAAAUGUUCAAACGUAUAUCUAGACUUGAAAAAAUGAAGGUAGCCUAUGAACCUGGAUUUAGUACAGACUAUAUGACACCUGUAAAUCGUUUACAAAGAUACAUCAUUUUUCUGGGUAAUUUUGAAAAUUCCAGGAAGGAGCCAACUUCGCGAUGCGAAAUAGUGAGCCGACAGCCGUACGAUUUCGUUUGAUUGUAUCUUGAACUUGUACAGAAUGGGUCGAAUUUUAAGGAAUUACCAAGGCCAAGCGCUUAUAUAUUUGGGAGCAAUGCCAUUCAAUAUCAGUUUCCCAAAUUUUUCACUAUAAGCUAAAGUAACCAUAUUUAUACUGAGUAACUCGAUCAUGUUUAAACUGUCCUCCUUGGACGGGGCAUUCCUCCUUGGACGGGGAAUUCCUCAUUGUCCAGAGGAACCGCAGCGUGCAGGGGAAAACCUGUGGUGUUCUGAUUAGAAAGCAUUCUUCAGAUGAAACUAAGACGACGUUAUAUUAAAUAAUGAAUAUGUAGAAUCAAAUUCUGGCAUAUAAGAAAGGCAUAUAUGUAUGCAUUAACCACUGUAAACAGGCACUUCUUAUUCUCUAUAAGAAAAUCACUUAUUGUGUUCGUGAAGUAAGGGGCGGAUUUACAAUCUACACAUUUCUUUAACCACGUAUCAUAUAUUUCAUGAUAUUUAUGUUUCGUUUCUAUCUCUUAUAUAUAGUUAUCAGUGCUCUUGUAUUCUUCAUCAUUUUCAACUUUGUUAAUGUUCACGGAAAGCCUGUAUCUUCUGGAAACAACAAUCAAACAUGUCCAAAGAAGCUAGAGAUUGAACGUCUUCCUGAUAACGUCGAAAGAGAUAUGGAAACUCUUUGUAAGAUGGUUCAAUGUAAUAAAAGUGUAAGUUUACAUCCCUCACGAAUAUCGCAACACAACACAACACAACAUUGAAAACAAAAAUAGCAAGAACACACGUCCGCCACUAAAAACAGCAACAAAACAACAGUAAGAACAAAAACAAAUUCAACAACAGCAUAACGCCAUCACAACUGAAGAACUGAAACAUCAACAACACCAGCAACAACAACAUAACACAUGCACAUGUGUUCUUCAAAGAUACAGUCAUGUUCUUUAAAAGUUUCUUAAUUUAUCUUAGAGAAAAGGUCAACUAUCAACAUUAUUUCCCAAAAUGAAGAGCAUGUUAUCAAAUUUUUCAACUCUCAAAAAGCUGGGAAAAGACAAGGUAUGUCGGAGUAUACCAACUUAUAAACGUUGUAUGUAAGGGACUAUAGCAAGAACCCUGCAUACCUGUUGCUCCAGUGUUUCUUCAUGAGAAAUUUAUUUAACAACUUAAUUAAAAACUGUUUACUUUUCAAUGCACACACAAGUAACAACGGAUAUUUCCCAAACGGGGAAGUAGCGAACGGCCCGUAAGAACAAUGGAAAACCAGAACAUCUGUUUAAUGGAUUGGGUAAAACUGAAAGCAUUUUUCUCACAUGCGAAGCGAAGAUUAUCUUUAGAUAUCUCGUGCAUGUUGCAGAACUUGGACACACCAUAUUUUUAGAUUACAACUGUUCGUCAUUGAUAAGAAAAUAAACCUAAAACUCAAGUGCAUGAUGGAAAAUAAUUAGAAAUUUUCGUUGAUAAAGUUUUGCCUUGUAUUUGAAAGAAUUCUUAUGUGAUGUGUGUCAUUCCAGAUUGUCGAACGUUUGUACUUUUUCCACAAUAUCCUUGGAGAUGGUUACGGAUUAUUUGGAAAGAAGAAAAGUAAUCAAUUGAUGAAAGUAAAAACGAUCAAUAUUGUCAUCCAGAUCAAAGCACUGGUAAGUUGAUGCACUUGACGUAUUCAUUGAGUCGCUUGUUUCUUUCUGUUUCCUUUGGAAACUAUUGAAAUGUUGCGUAGGCCGCAGGCAUGCAUCUGUCAUUUGAGGCCGAGGCUGUCUGGAGAAUUCGUCUGACUAAAGCCUCCAUAAAUAAAGCCUCUAUCUCAGUCAAGUAAAGUCUAGAAUUUUAACAAAUGGGAUGUACAUUUUCUCUGUUCAUUUUUCUAUGCUGGCGUGAGAUGGUGUAAUUGGAAAAUAAUUUUUAGACAUUCAUGAUACAAUCACAACAAAAUGAUUUCGAUGGCGCCAUGUCUAUAAUUCUUUUUAUCAUAUAGUAGAGAGUGAGAUACUGAGAAAUACACAGUGAGAUAUUUUCCAUAUCUUCACUAGUGAAGAUAUCGAUCACGUGACUUUUUCCAAUUUGCAUUUGAGCGUGAAAUUUCACAAUUUUUUGCUUGGGACUAUAUAAUAAACAGAGCAUUACACGGUGGCUUGAAGAUCUGACUUUUAUCUUCUCGUGUUAAAAACAAUAUUUUACUCACUCUCUGGGCUCGUUCGUAUAAUAUUGUUUUCACGACUCGAAGAUAAAAGUCAUAUCUUCGCGCAGCCGUGUAAUAUCCCCUCUAUACGUAAUUUCAGUCAUAUGAAGAUUAUGAACACCUAUAAGUACGUUUAUACCCACUCAGGUGCAUGAAUUUCCCGGUCAACCGAGCUCACGUGAGCUUAGGUAGCGGUGAAGGAUAUUCACGAGGUUCGUCGAAGAAUCUACCUGUACACAUAUGAACAGACCCUAACUAUGUUUAGUGGUGUGUCGUUUUCUGCUAUUGAAUAUUCGCUGAAAUAAAUAAAUAAAAAAUUAAGUGGAAACAUAAAAGUAAUGCGAUUCAUUUUACCCACAGGCUGAGAUCUUACAAAAAAACACAGGUUGCAAUCCCGGAAAACCUGGGAACGGAUUUAUAUUUAAUUUGCCCAAAGACAAGCCAUUGUCUGGGAAUAAUUCGAGCUUCCUGUACCAUUUUGCUGCACUUCUCAAAGAAAUGCUACCUGAAUUUGAGAAAAACGUUGUGGAACAAUUAAAAUUUACAUAA